UCAAAAUGGGAUCUUUUAUGUUGGGUUAGGAGAAGAAAGAAGCGGCUGGUUCAAGUUAGGAGAAGCCAUACUUUUAAUCUAACAAAGCAUAUCUCAUUAAACUUAAACCAUGGCCGAAGCAAUUCUCUUCCAAGUUGCUGGGGAGAUCUUGAUGAAGCUAAGCUCUCAAGCUUUCCAGCGUCUUGGGAUGCUAUUUGGGCUGAAGGGUGAUCUUAACAAACUCACAACAACUGUUUCCACCAUUAAGGAUGUGCUUCUUGAUGCGGAGGGACGUCAAACUAAAAGUCACUUGCUGCAAAAUUGGCUCCAUAAGCUGGAAGAAGCUCUUUAUGAUGCAGAGGAUGUGCUUGAUGAACUCUCUACGGAGGCUCUCCGUCGAGAACUGAUGACUAGAGAUCAUAAAAAUGCAAAACAAGUAAGGAUCUUCUUCUCCAAAUCUAAUCAAAUUGCAUUUAAUUAUAGGAUGGCUCGUCAAAUAAAGAAUAUUUGGGAGAGGCUAGAUGCUAUUGAUGCUGAAAAAACACAAUUUCACUUGCGUGAAAACUGUGAAUCACGGACUCAAUACGGUUCAUUUGAUCGAAUAAUGAUGGGAAGGGAAACUUGGUCUUCUUCAAAUGACGAGGAAGUGAUUGGAAGGGAUGAUGAUAUAAAAGAAGUAAAAGAGCGUUUAUUGGAUAUGAAUAUGAAUGUCACGCAUAAUGUUUCGUUCAUUGCUAUAGCUGGAAUGGGUGGGAUAGGCAAGACGACCUUGGCUAAAUCUCUCUACAAUGACGAAGAGGUAUCAGGAUUUUUCGACUUAAAAAUAUGGGUUUGGGUUUCUGAUCAAUUUGAGGUACAAGUGGUAGCGGAAAAAAUGAUAGAAUCAGCAACCAAAAACAAUCCUAGUGUAAAAGGAAUGGAAGCUUUACAAGCAAAGCUUCAGAAAGUGAUUGGAGAAAGGAAGUAUCUGUUAGUUAUGGAUGAUGUAUGGAAUGAAAGUGAAGAGAAAUGGCAUGGGUUGAAAUCAUUGUUGAUGGGUGGUGCAAGAGGGAGUAAGGUUUUGAUCACAAAGCGUGACAGAAAAGUAGCCACAGAAAUCAAAAGCAUGACAUCUUUGUUCACUUUAGAAGGCUUAUCAGAGAGUAAUUCCUGGUUAUUGUUUAGUAAAGUGGCAUUUAAAGAAGGCAAAGAGUCCACAGAUCCAAGCACGAUACAUUUAGGAAAAGAAAUUUUAGUGAGAUGUGGAGGUGUUCCUCUUGUUAUAAGACAUGUUGGACGCAUGUUAUACUCUAAAACUUCACAAGAAGAGUGGAUGUCCUUCAAGGAUAAUGAACUUUUAGAAGUCAUUCAACAAGACAAUGAUAUGACAUCAAUAUUAAAAUUGAGUUAUAACCAUCUCCCACCAAAUUUGAAACGAUGUUUUGCAUAUUCAUCCCUGUUUCCCAAAGGAUAUAAAAUAGAAAUAAAAGACCUAAUAAGGCAAUGGGUGGCUCAAGGUUUUAUUGAAGUGUCAAAUGGAAGAAAAUCCUUGGAAGAUACAGGGAAGGACUAUUUUAACGAAUUAUGUUGGAGGUUUUUUUAUGCAAAUUCUAGUGAUGAGUGUAACAUCAAUGAUAUUGUUUGUAUGCAUGAUGUGAUGUGUGAGUUUGUAAGGAAGGUGGCAGGAAAUAAAUUAUAUGUACGUGGAAAUCCCAAUAAUGAUUAUGUUGUCAGCGAACAAACACUUCACAUUUCAUUUGACUACGGAAUACAAUCAUGGCAAGAUGUUCUAUCUAAAUUAUGCAAGGCUAAGGGAUUAAGAACAAUCCUUUUAUUAUUUCGUCCCUACGAGAAAAUGAAUAAAAUUGAUAAAGCUAUUUUGGAUGAAUUAUUUUCCAGUUUUCCACGUUUGCGAGUAUUAGAUCUUCAUUUCUCGCAGAUUUCUGUAGUGCCGAAGUCUAUAAAAAAACUUAGACACCUUCGAUAUUUGGAUCUCUCUGAAAAUGAUAUGGAAUUAAUUCCACAUUCUAUCAUUGAAUUGCAAAAUUUGCAAACACUAAAUCUAACAGAAUGCUAUGAGCUAAAAGAAUUGCCAAGGGACAUCGACAAUCUUGUAAAUCUCAGGCAUCUUACCUUUGAACCUUGUAUGGAAGUAACUCCUACAUCGGAGGGGAUGGAGAAGUUGACUUGUCUACAAACAAUCAGUUUAUUUGUGUUUGACUGCAAAAAGACCAAUAAGCUAUGGGAAUUGAAUGAUCUCAGUUAUUUGACAGGAGAGUUAAAAAUCAUAGGUUUAGAGAAGUUGAGGUCUUCUCCAUCUGAAAUCACCUUAAUAAACCUGAAAGACAAAAAAGGUUGGCAAGGUUUAAAUUUGGAAUGGAAACUGGGCAAGGAUGAAUACGAAGGUGAGGCUGAUGAAACAAUAAUGGAAGGCUUGGAACCACAUCCAAAUGUUGAAUCGUUGAGCAUUAACGGGUACACUGGAGGAGCAUUGCCCAAUUGGGUGUUCAACUCGCUUAUGAAGUUAACUGAAAUUGAAAUUGAAAAUUGCCCUAGAGUGCAACAUCUACCUCAGUUCAACCAGCUUCAGGAUCUCAGAGCUCUACAUUUAGUGGGCUUAAGAUCUCUCGAGUUCAUAGAUAAGAGUGAUCCAUACUCAUCAUCAGUGUUUUUUCCAUCUCUCAAGUUUCUACGUUUAGAAGAUAUGCCUAAUUUGGAAGGAUGGUGGGAAUUAGGGGAAUCAAAAGUAGUAGCAAGGGAGACAUCUGGGAAAGCUAAAUGGUUGCCUCCAACUUUUCCUCAAGUUAAUUUCCUACGUAUCUACGGAUGUCCGAAGUUAAGUUCCAUGCCCAAGCUAGCUUCUAUUGGAGCAGAUGUUAUUUUACAUGAUAUUGGGGUUCAGAUGGUGAGUACCAUAGGUCCAGUAUCGAGUUUUAUGUUUCUAUCAAUGCAUGGAAUGACGAAUCUCAAAUAUUUAUGGGAGGAAUUUCAGCAAGAUCUAGUUUCUUCAAGUACCUCAACAAUGUCCUCACCUAUUUCCCUUCGUUAUCUGACAAUAAGUGGAUGCCCCUAUCUCAUGAGUUUACCGGAAUGGAUUGGCGUUCUCACUUCCCUUGAAACAUUGCAUAUUAAAGAAUGUCCAAAAUUAAAAUCACUACCAGAAGGAAUGCAGCAACUCAAAUCUUUGAAAGAACUUCACAUAGAAGACUGCCCUGAACUAGAGGACAGAUGCAAGCAGGGAGGAGAGGAUUGGCCAAACAUUUCCCACGUUCCCAACUUUACUUACAAAAAUGCCUCUGACAUUGACACACCACAAUCUUCUUCAGGUUUUUCACACCAUCCCUUUUCAAUCGUUCGUAUCUCUGUUAUAUUGCCAAACUUUAUAAGAAGGUUUAGACAUCUUCGAUAUCCAAACCUCCCUGAAAAUAUUAUGAAAUCACUUCCAAAUUCAAUCACUGAAUUGCAAAACUUGCAAAUGCUAAAUCUAAUGUACUGUAGCGAACUAAUGGAAUUGUCAAGGGACACCAGAAAUCUUAUUAAUCUUAGGCAUCUUGAUUUCAAUAGUUCUACCUUAACCCAUAUGCCCGAAGAGAUGGGGAAGUUGAAUUGUCCACAGACACUAAGUUAUUUUGUCUUGGACUACGAAAGGUCUAAUCAGCUGAGUGAACCGACUGUGUUGAUCCAUUUAAAAGGAGAUUUAAGAAUAAAAAAUUUAGAGCAACUGAGUUACAAUCCAUCUGAACUCAGUUUAGUAAACCUGAAAGACAUAAAAGGCUUCAAGAAUCUGGAACUAGAAUGGAACCUAAGCCCAGAUGAUCAAGAAUAUGAAGGUGAGGAUGAUGAAACUUCAGCAAUGGAAGGCCUAGAACGACAUUCAAAUGUUGAAUCCUUGCACAUUGACGGGUACAGCGGAGUAGGAUUACCCAAUUGGGUGUCCACCUUGCUCUUGAAGUUAACUAGAAUUACAAUUUAUAAAUGCCAUAGAUUGCAACAUCUAACACAGAUAGCCCAUCUUCAGGCACUCACAUUUCUAUUUUUGGAUGACAUGAGCUCUCUUGAGUUCAUAGACAAGAAUGAACCAUCUUCCUCGUCCUCUUUCCCAUCUCUCGAGCUUCUAAUUAUCGAAAACAUGCCGAAUUUGGAAGGAUGGUGGGAAUUAGGGAACACUCAAAAAAAUUGGUUACCACCAACUUUCUCUACGCUGAUUUCCCUGCAUAUCUCUAGGUGUCCUAAGUUUAGAUUCAUGCCCAAGCCAGCUUCAACAGGAACAGUUGUGUUCUUACGUGAUGUGAGCGUUCAAUUGGAGACUACAUUAGAUCCAUUGUGGGGUUUGGAAUGUCUAACACUGGAAAAAAUUAAGGAUCUCAAAUAUCUAGAAACCAUGGAAUCUCAGCUAAACAUCAGUUCUUUGCCAAUACAACUUCGAGAUUUAGAAAUAAAUAAAUGCUCGAAUUUGAUGAGUUUACCUGAAUGGAUUAGCAGCAUUACUUCGCUAGAGGAGCUGGAGAUUAUGAAAUGCCCGAAACUAAAAGUAGCUUUUGCAUCGGCGGUUGCCCCGAAGUAGGAGAAAGAUGCAAAGAGGGAGGAGAGGAUUGGGCUAAGAUUGCUCACAUUCCCCAUUUUGAGCACUUUCUUGUCGACGACUAAGGAGAAGAACUUUUCAUGCACUUUUGUUCUCUUCCUCUUAAUCCUUUUUCUUUUACGAAUCUAAUUUUGUCAUUCGUUGAGAAAAUAUUUUUUUUUAGUUUA